GUCUGUGUGUGAUGGUUUUACACAGAGAUUGAAGUUCCAAAUGAAUACGGCGAACGAAAUGGCGAAUGACAUGGAUCCUAUUAUUUUACUAAGUGAUGUUGGAAGUCGAAAGCGUUCGAAAAUACGCUUGGUUUUGUACAUUUCAAUCGUUCUGCUGCUCGUUCUGUCUGUUACUUUUGCUGCGUUGUAUUUCACGGAGAAAUUAAAAAAACCCACGAAUUCAUCACAUCAGGAAGAGAAAACAAAAUCUCGCACAGGGGAGACAGAAUCUGAAACGGACUCUGGCACUACGUGCACUUCCCCCACUUGCGUUGUCAGUGCUGCGGACAUUUUAGACAAACUUGACCAGUCGACCAAACCUUGUGAUGAUUUUUAUCAGUUCUGUUGUGGAGGAUUCUUGGAGAAGGGUGAUGUGCCUGAUUAUAAUUCCAAGAUUGGUAUGGUACAUAAAGGAGUCGCUAUUAUUCAGCGCAACUUGAAGAAUUUAUUUGAAAAUAAUCAAUUGAUGUCAACUUACUCUAAGUUGAAUUCAUCUCUCCAUCCACCAUUCGUACACUAUCAAUCCUGCAUGAACGAGUCUUACAUUGAAGAUGCUGGAGUACGACCAGUUUAUAACUUAAUAGAAAAACAUGGCUCUUGGGGUAUUACUAACGCGAAUUGGAGUGAGGACGCUUGGACACUUGAAAAAAUGCUUGGCAGAGCCCUUGCUGAUGUUCAGGCACCCGUAUUCCUUGCAAUGGAUGUAAAGCAUUCGAUUUUCAAAACAUCCGAGAAGUUUAUUACGAUAAGCGGGGGAUUUUCUGGUUUCGACGAGACAACUUUUGACGAAGAACAAUUGCGUUCAAAAAAGCUUGUACUAAAACACAAGAAAUCUGAGGGACUUGACGUUUAUGAAGACUACAGGAAGUUUAUGUCUACCGUGUUCAAUUUAUUUGGAUCAAACUCAAGUGUUGAUGAUGAAGUGAACCGUAUUGUCGAUUUAGAAGAUAAUUUUUUAAGAGUUCGAAAUCUUUCAGAGGAAACUGAUUUGAAAGCACUUAAAGAUAUUGCAAUUAUGACAGUUAGCGAGUUGAAUAAUUUGACAUCAUUCAAGUUUAAUUGGACGCUAUAUCUUGAGGAAAUAUUCAAAGGCACAAGUAGAUCAAUCGCACUGGAUGAAAAAAUCAUGAUAUAUAUGCCGAACAAUAUCAAACUGAUCGUUAAUUGGCUUACAGACAAACCUAAGGGUUUGCUUGCUAACGAGAUAAUCUGGAACAUUGUUCGAGCUGUUAUCGAUAGCCUACCAAAGGCAUUCAGAGAAGCACAGCAGAGUUAUUACAACACUUUUGGACUGGAUUCUAAUCCCCGAUGGAAAACGUGCGUUAGGGAUACAUGCGACGAAUACAAAGAUGCUACAACGCUGUUGUACGUAAAGCAAUACAUAACAGAAAACGCCCUGAAAACGGCAAUAGAAAUGUUCACUGAGAUCAAAGGGCAAUUUAUUGCGGGCUUGGACGAACAAGAAUGGAUGGACAAUAAAACCCGCGCUCAUGCUCGCCUCAAGCUACAAGUUAUGAAAGAUUGGAUCGGAAUUUCAAUGUCUGACUUGUAUGCAAACAAACUGAUCAGAUAUUUUGAUGGUCAGAUGAGUGAAUCUGAUGUUUUACAAAACAAGCUGAAUAUCCGUAAGGCUCAUACGAAGUUGAAAAUAAACGAGUUGAGCAAACCCACAGUUAUCAACAGGCGAUCAACUUCACCUCUUGUAGUCAAUGCUUUUUACCAGCCCAAAAAGAAUGGAAUAACUAUUUUGCCAGGAAUGUUGCAAUUACCUUAUUACGAAGCCGGUGGACUAAAAGCAUUCAACUAUGGAUCUCUUGGUACGGUGAUAGGUCACGAAAUCACUCAUGGCUUCGAUAAGACAGGAAGUCAAUACGACGAAAACGGUAACCUUCGUCAAUGGUGGACCAAUUCAUCGUAUGAUAAUUUCGUAAAACGGUCACAAUGUUUGAUUGAUGAGUAUAACAACGUUACAAUAUUUGGACUACAGGCUAAUGGUGAAAGGACAUUAUCAGAGAACAUUGCUGAUAAUGGAGGACUGAAGUACGCUUACCGAGCAUAUCAAAAAUGGCGAAAAACAAAUGGCGAUGAAGAAUUGUUACCAGCUCUUCCUUUCGAUAAUAACCAACUUUUCUUCAUCAGCUACGCACAGUCGUGGUGUGCAAAGUUUGGAAACGGAAGCGCAAGGGAUUUCACAGAGUAUGGUGUUCAUUCUUUGGAUCCAGUCAGGGUACGUGUUCCACUACGCAACUUCCCUGAAUUUAGCAAGGCCUUUGGAUGUCUGAUGAAGAAAGACACUUGCGCAGUUUGGUAGCAUAUUUUCUUCAAUGACAACUAUAGUAGGAAAUCCUAACAUUUUUCGGCUGGCUGGUAAAAUAGACAAUGCAUGUAACUUUAUUAAUUUGGAAACGUUUAUUGAGCCAAAAAGAAAAUUAGGGGAUUAUAACUGACCAUAUAGAAUAUACUGUAUAUUGGAAUGUAUCAACUCACUCGGUGAUCAGGUAUUUGAUGCACGUUGCAAAUUACUAUGCAGUAGUGUGUGUGUCAAUGACUCUAAGCUAUUAUUGUGUUAUUUUGACAUUCUUCCAUGCAACUGUUAAAUUUUUUUAUUCUAUAUACGCGAGGUAGUAGGAUAUUUACAAUGAAUUACU